CCCCGCUCUAUCAGCCAAUGAAACGGUAUCACUUUUUCCCGACAUCGAUCACCAUGGCGUCGAUGAAGGUGCGACUGACGGGGCUCAUCAACCAGUCCCCGCAGUAUGUGAUCGACCAGUCGCGCGUGCCCAUUUACUUUGUGGCCUCUAAGAAGGAGUGGAGCUACUGCGCCACUCGCCUGCUCAAGGCGGAAGUCAUUGGCUUCGACACGGAAACCCGCCCAAUCUGGAGCAAACACCAGCGUCCCAACCCGUCCGCAUUAUUACAGAUCGCAGUACGCGAUGCCAGUCACAAAGAGGAGGUUUUCAUUCUCGACCUUCUCCACUUGUCCGCCAAAGUCUACAACACCACAUUAAAACGCGUCUUCCUGUCCAAAACGAUCGUCAAACUUGGACAGAGCUUCUACCAUGACUUGCAGGAGCUGGCCCAGUCGUACCCACAAGCAUCCUGCUUUACCGUCUGCAAGGGCGUCGUGGAAGUGAACGAUUUGUCCAUCUCACUAGCGGGACCGCACAACCCGCUUAGCCUGCAGAAGCUGGUGUUCUUCUAUUUGCAUCGCAAGCUUACCAAGACGCAGCAGAUGUCCAAUUGGGCACGGAGACCGCUCACGUCUAGUCAGCUGCACUAUGCUGCAGCCGAUGCACUGGUACUUAUCCAUUUGUACGACGAGCUAUUGAUGCGCAUGCAGAAGCAGCGUACUACAAAGAAUUUCCAAUUGAGCAUAGUGACCAACGUACUGGAUGUAAACCUCCCACCGGCUCCGAAGUGCUCGCGCUGCUUUGACGUUUUUGAAACGAGAGAUAAACUGAAGAAACAUCGCAAAAACUGUAUCGUGGACGUACGCACAUUGGCGAUUUGCGAAGUUUGUGAAGGCAAGAAACUUGUGACCGAAGAAGUUAUGAAGUAUCACGUGAAGCGCUGUGGUGUGGAAGAUGACGCUGAUGAACCGAUCGUUCAAGUCAAACGGAAACGCUCGCUAUCAGUAGAUAGCAAAAAGAGUACAUCGUCUAAGAAACGUCGCCUGGAGACGUCAGAGCAAGCCAAGACUGCAGAAGAACUCAAUGCCACCAAAGUAGAGCAAGAGCCUACGAAACCGCUUACUAAAGGGCAGAAGAAGAAGGAACGGAGGCGAAAAGCAAAGGCGUUGGCUGCCUUGAAAGCACAGUUAUCUAGGAAAGAUAGCCUAUCGCAAAAAGCAGAGAUGCCGAGCUGUCGGGAUGAAACGCACAGGAAGCGCAAAAUGAGCAUGGAGUCGUCGCUUUUGGCGUCCGACGCAAUGUGGUCUCAGAUUUCGAGUGACUGCGAGUCCUUCACCGCCACGUAAGUUACGAUGACCACGGUAAAAUACCGUAGUUUUCACGUGCGCAAAAUAUAUUUCGGUGUUGAUUGCGAACCAUCUUUUCAAUCCCAACAACAAAUGACUUUCCAAG